CUCCAAGUUCCCAAGUCCGCGAUUCUUUCUCUUGGAUCCAUUCAUUUCCAUGUGAUCGUCACGUAUGGUUCAAUCACCUCCAUUACUACACUUUCCUCUCCCACUCAUCUUCUUCCUCCACUCCUUUCUCUCUCUCUAUGUGUAGUUCUCUGAUAUUUUCUCGAGAAAACUCCAAAUACGUCCUUCCAUUUCCCUUUGUCCUCAUUACCUUUUUUAGUUUGUUUUUCUUUGAAUCCUCACCGAUUUCACUUUCAUUGUAGUCCUGAAAAUAUCUUUCUCGCUUGCUUUGCUUAUGCUUUUUUUUAUUGAUUCGUCGGCUUCACUCGGUGCGAAUAUUAUUGGAUCUCUUCUUGUUCGAGUUUCUGUGGUUAUUCGGCUCGCUAUUUUGGAGCAGAAGUGUUGAAGCAGCUGAUUUAGUUGUAGACUCUGAGUAUGGCGACUGCGAAUGCUAAUGGUGGCGCGGUUUCUACUGUUUCUGUGAAAUUUCCCGCGGUUGCGCAUCCUUUAGCCGAAGAGCCGGAAGAGAUUGCGUCUAAUAUCAAAUAUCAUGCAGCUUACAGUCCUCAUUUCUCUCUCUUCAAGUUCGAGCCCGAGCAAGCGUAUUAUGCGACUGCUGAGAGUGUUCGCGAUCGGCUUAUACAACAAUGGAAUGAGACCUACUUGCAUUAUCACAAAGCUGAUCCCAAACAAACGUACUACCUAUCAAUGGAGUAUCUUCAGGGCCGAGCUUUGACCAAUGCGAUCGGAAACUUGAAUACUCAGGAUGCAUAUGCUGAUGCUCUGAAUAAAUUAGGACAUGAUCUUGAGGAACUGGUUGAGCAGGAGAAAGAUGCUGCCCUCGGAAAUGGUGGACUUGGAAGGCUUGCUUCAUGUUUUCUGGAUUCUAUGGCAACAUUAAAUUUGCCUGCAUGGGGUUAUGGUUUGAGGUACAGAUAUGGGCUUUUCAAGCAGCUGAUCACUAAGGAUGGCCAGGAGGAAGUGGCUGAGGAUUGGCUUGAGAAGUUUAGUCCUUGGGAAGUUGUCAGACAUGAUAUAGUAUUCCCUGUCAGAUUCUUUGGUCAUGUGGAGGUCAAGCCCAAUGGAUCCCGAAGAUGGACUGGAGGAGAGAUUGUACAAGCUCUAGCCUAUGAUGUACCAAUUCCAGGAUACAAAACCAAGAAUACUAAUAGUCUUCGCUUGUGGGAAGCAAAAGCACGUGCAGAUGAUUUUGACCUUUUUCAAUUCAAUGAUGGACAGUAUGAAUCUGCUGCACAGCUUCAUUUUAGAGCUCAACAGAUAUGUGCCGUUCUAUAUCCUGGAGAUGCUACAGAGAAUGGAAAACUCUUGCGACUAAAACAACAGUUUUUUCUUUGCAGUGCGUCACUGCAGGACAUAAUUUCAAGAUUUAAGGAGAGAAAGCAGGGGAAAGAUUCAUGGGAGUGGUCUGAGUUUCCUAGCAAAGUUGCAGUGCAACUAAAUGAUACUCAUCCAACCCUUGCAAUUCCUGAACUGAUGCGAUUACUAAUGGAUGAUGAAGGUCUUGGAUGGGAUGAAGCAUGGGAUAUAACUACAAGGACUAUUGCUUAUACCAAUCACACUGUCCUUCCUGAAGCACUUGAGAAAUGGUCACAACAUGUGAUGUGGAAGCUUCUUCCUCGCCAUAUGGAAAUUAUUGAAGAAAUUGACAAGAGGUUUGUUGCAAUGAUCCAUGCUGCUCAAAAUAAUCUUGAGCAUAAGAUAGACAGUUUGCGGAUCUUGGAUAAUAAUCCUCAGAAGCCAGUUGUUCGGAUGGCUAAUUUGUGUGUUUUAUCUGCGCAUUCGGUAAAUGGUGUUGCGCAGUUGCACACUGAUAUCUUAAAGGCUGAGUUAUUCGCAGAUUAUGUAACAAUAUGGCCAACAAAAUUUCAAAACAAGACAAAUGGCAUUACUCCACGCCGAUGGCUCCAGUUUUGCAACCCUGACCUCGGUAACAUAAUAACCAAAUGGUUGAAAACAGAAGACUGGGUGACCAACCUUGACCUGCUUGCAGGUCUCCGAAAAAUUGCGGACAAUGCAGAUCUUCAAGCUGAAUGGGCAUCUGCUAAAAUGGCUAACAAGGUGCGGUUGGCAAAGUAUAUAGAGCAAGUGACUGGCGUUAGCAUUGACCCAAAUACUUUAUUUGACAUACAAGUUAAGCGCAUACAUGAAUAUAAAAGGCAACUGCUGAAUAUCUUGGGUGCAAUUUAUCGAUACAAGAAGUUAAAGGAAUUGAGUCCUGAAGAACGGAUGAAAACCACUCCACGGACUAUUAUGAUUGGAGGAAAAGCAUUUGCUACAUAUACAAAUGCCAAGCGGAUAGUCAAGCUGGUAAAUGAUGUUGGUGCAGUUGUCAACACUGAUCCUGAGAUCAAUAGCUACUUGAAGGUUGUAUUUGUUCCAAAUUACAAUGUGUCUGUGGCAGAGAAGCUUAUUCCAGGAAGUGAAUUAUCACAGCAUAUCAGCACUGCUGGCAUGGAGGCUAGUGGCACUAGCAACAUGAAGUUUGCCCUUAAUGGCUGCCUCAUAAUAGGAACAUUGGAUGGGGCUAACGUUGAAAUCAGAGAGGAAAUUGGAGAGGAGAACUUUUUCCUAUUUGGUGCAACAGCAGAUGAUGUCCCUAGGCUCCGGAAAGGGAGAGAGCUUGGACAGUUUAAGCCAGACCCUCGAUUUGAAGAGGCCAAACAGUUUAUAAGGAGUGGUGCAUUUGGAAACUAUGACUAUGGCCCUCUCUUGGAUUCCCUUGAGGGAAACUCUGGCUAUGGUCGUGGUGAUUACUUUCUUGUUGGUCACGACUUCUCAACCUACAUGGAUGCACAGGCAAAAGUAGACGAAGCUUACAAGGACCGACAGUUGUGGCUGAAGAUGUCGAUAUUGAGCACAGCUGGGAGUGGAAAAUUCAGCAGUGACCGAACAAUUGCACAGUAUGCCAAAGAAAUAUGGAAUAUACAGGAGUGCCGUGUACCAUAGUUUCAACAGCCUAGGUUCACCUUGUCUUAAAUUAAAGGAAAUAAGAAUUCUGUACGACGCUAGGUAUCUCAAUUAUCUCUCUGCUUUAAUUCACUACUUGCUGGUACUAGUAACACUAGCGGAGUACAGCAUAAAACUUUUCAUGUAAUAUCAUAUUGUGAUGCAAUUACCUGUUCAAUUAAUAAAAUUUCCGUUUGUUAGUGAA